UCGUUGUUGGUGUGUUAGCAUGUCCGCAGACUUGUGUCUGCUCUUAUUUUAACCUGUCUUUUUCGCUUAUUGUUGGAGGUUACAACCAUGUCUGACGCUGAGGAAGAUGAUAGCUGCUCAGAGCUCUUUGUCAACUACUAUGGAGACCCAAUUAAGUUCUGCAUAAGAAUUUGUCCAGAGAAAGCCAAGUUGGACAGACUCAUCCGAAGUGGUUAUGGAGAGCUGACAUCAAAACACGGUCCUCACACCAUCCGUCUCCUGCCCCAAGGUGAACAAAUUCCCAUAUCACAUGGGGAUAGCUUUCGCUCCCAGUACAUAUAUGACUGUGUAGCUGAGGGUAAAUUACUCCCACUGGAGAACUAUAGGGCAUUUCCAAAGUCACGUUUCACAAAAGAUAUUGACGUAAUGGACAUCAUGAUGGGAAAACAUUCGUGGGAUGAAUGCGUGAAGACUGACGAGAAAGUAGAGACUCUUAUAAGCGAUUUCGAUGAUGAUGAUGAUGAUGAUGAUAAGAAGGCCAGUACAAGUUCACAUAAAAACUCAGCAAAAUGCGCCUGGAAAAGCAGUCGUUUGUAUACCCAAAGUGAGAGGAGGGCAAUGCUGGACUACAUUAUUAAACACAACAGGCAUAAUGAUGUCAAAGGCAGAUCAUUAUGGGAGGAGAUGGAAAAAGCACAGGUGUGUGGAGAACGCACUUGGCAGUCAAUGAAGCAACAUUACAGAACAUACAUCAUCAAGAAUUUACCAGCAUAUAAGCUACCGGAGAAGGAGGCCAGAAAGCUAUAUUUACCGUUUUGUUCACCCAAGGAUAUAAUGCAGGAAGAUGACGAUAAAGAAGAGGAACUAGUAGUUGAGAUAGAAGAUUAUGAUGAUGAAAUUGAAGAAAGAAAUGGGACUCAGAAGUGUGUGGAAAAGAUUAGAGAUAAAGAGAGUGGGUCAAAGAGGAGUGUUGAGGAACAUGAAGGUGGUGUUGUUGAGGGUUGUAGCAGGGACGAGUGUCAUAGUAAGUGUGUAGCCUCACAGCUCAGGAGACUCAACGGAACUCACACACAAACAACUAAGAAGGCUCUGAGGAAUGUGAAGGAAUCCAUGCAUGCUGGAGAGGAGACAGGAGAUCAGGUAGAGCCUCCUCAACAGUACAAGAAACAAACAGGGCCUCCUGAACAGGACAAGAAACAAACAGGGCCUCCUGAACAGUUCAAGAAACAAAUGGGGCCUCCUGAACAGAACAAGAAACAAACAGGGUCUCCUGAAAAGGACAAGAAACAAACAGGACCUCCUGAAAGAAACAGGAGCCAAGUGAAGUCUCCUGAAGUACAUAAGCAAGCAGUUGCUCCUGAAGAACAUAAACAAGCAGUUGCUCCUGAAGAAUGUAAGAGGCAAGCAGUGGUUCAUGAAGAACAUAGGAAACAAACAGUGGCUCCUGAAGAACAUAGGAAGCAAACAGCAGUACCUGAAGAACAUAGAAAGCAAACAGCAGUGCCUGAAGAACAUAGGAAGCAAAUAGCAGUGCCUGAAGAACAUAGAAAGCAAACAGUAGUGCCUGGAGAACAUAGGAAGCAAACAGUUGGUUCUGAAGAACAUAAGAAGCAAACAGUAGUGCCUGAAGAACAUAGGAAGCAAACAGGUGGUUCUGAAGAACAUAGGAAGCAAACAGGUCAUUCUGAAGAACAUAAGCAAACAGGUCAUUCUGAAGAACAUAGGAAGCAAACAGUUGUGUCUGAAGAACAUAGGAAGGAAACAGUAGUGCCUGAAGAACAUAGGAAGGAAACAGUAGUGCCUGAAGAACAUAGGAAGGAAACAGUAGUGCCUGAAGAACAUAGGAAGGAAACAGUAGUGCCUGAAGAACAUAGGAAGGAAACAGUAGUGCCUGAAGAACAUAGGAAGGAAACAGUAGUGCCUGAAGAACAUAGGAAGGAAACAGUAGUGCCUGAAGAACAUAGGAAGGAAACAGUAGUGCCUGAAGAACAUAGGAAGGAAACAGUAGUGCCUGAAGAACAUAGGAAGCAAACAGGUGAUUCUGAAGAACAUAGGAAGGAAACAGUAGUGCCUGAAGAACAUAGGAAGCAAACAGGUGAUUCUGAAGAACAUAGGCAAACAGUUGUAUCUGAAGAACAUAAACAAACAGAUGGUUCUGAAGAACAUAGGCAAAUAGGUGGUUCUGUAGAACACAGGAAUCAAACAGGUGAUCUUGGAGAGCAAAGCAAACAAACUGGGGCUAAUAGAGAGGGUAGCAAGCAAACUAGUUGUAUCAAAGAGCAAAAUAAACAUAGGGAGCCUGAGAAGCAAAGUUCUGGGGAGGGAAGCAAGCAAACAGGUACCCCUUUAAAUGAACUGCAGCAAGUACAAACAAUAAUGCUUAAAAAUGUAAUAAAUGAAGACAAGCUUGCAAAUGUUGAUGUUAGGAAGAAUAAUAUUGUUGGUAAGAGCUCUUAUAGAGAAAGAAAGCUUUGUGGACUGGAACUGGAAGACAGUGUGCAGUUUGUUGAAGAUCAACAAAGCCAUGUGGAAGAUAGAGUGAGUCAGUUGCAGAGAAAGAGCAUAAGAGAAACUAAAAAUGGCCAGACAAAUAAAUGCAACAUAAGUGUUUCUGGGAAUGAUAAUGCUGGGCAAGUUUCAGAGAGUGGGGAAAAUAAUUCAGGAACAUUAAACCUUGAGUAUUCUCAGACAAGACAAACUAUUGACAGUUCACAAGGUUUUAAUGUAAUUCCGACAUCAGGAUACUUUCCGGGGUAUAGUGCCAGUUUUGGAGAUGAAAUUGAUGGUUUAUUAGAAGAUACCAGCCAUUCAGGAUUGUGUACGAGUGGGGUACUGGGCAGAAUUAACAGGAAGAAUGUUCCAACUUCCCAGGGAAAUGAUUGCACUCAGGGUGAAACGAAUCAGAAAAUAAGCGAAAAGGAAUGCAUUAAUGACAGCACAGAAGAAUUGCCUGUUCAACAUUUAACUUUGUGGUCCAAAAAUGAACAAAGCAAACCCAUGGUGUCUUUACCUAUGUCAGAAGUCACACAUUUAGUCCACAAUAUGGAGGACAUGAACCAAGACAAUUGUCAGACCACACAAGGACCUGAAAUGCAAUCUAACAUUGAAAUGCCACCAAAUGUAACAGUAGAGGAAAUUAAUGAAAUGCAAGAACUGCUAGAUGGCAGUUGUCACAUUGCCAGCACUGUUAAUUCUGGUACAAGGGAUUAUCCUUCAUACACAAAAAAUGCCAGUGUUGAGCCUUGCUUGAUGUCUUCAUGCUCAGAAAUUUUUAUUACUUGUCCGUCGCAACAUGAAAAUGAUGAACAUCAUAUCGCUACGAGCACCCCUCUAACAGUGGUGUCCUCAUCGGGUAGUGCCUCAACCGUUGCCAUUGUCGAUCAUAAUAUCCCUGAUCGUAACUUAAUCAGAUCAUUCUUAGUACAAGAUGAUGCUUCUGAAGAGGUUGUACAAAAAACUUCUGUUGUAUCUAGAAGAGGAAACUCUAGAGAAGAAAUUGUUAUCGAAUCUGAAGAAGAAAUUAUUGAUGAUUCUAGAGGUGAAUGUAAGGAAGGAAUUAUUGAUAACUCUAGAGAAGUAAUUUUGUGUAAAUCCAAGAAAAAACUUCUUGAUGAAAUUGAAAUUCUUGAUGAAUCCACAGAAAAAAUGUCUGAUGACUACAAAAAAAUUAUUUCUGCUGGUUCUGAAAGAGAUCCUUCUGAUCAGUCUAGAACUGAAAUUUCAGGUAGUUCUUCAGAAGACUCUGAUGCAUCAACACUUCUCUUUAGCCAAGAGAAUGAUGGCAGAAUUGAUAUACUUCAUUCUAAUAGAAAUCAUACCAAAAACAGAGAACCAUUAAAAAAGUCACAUAAAUCUUUUAGAAAUAAGUCAAAAGAUGCAGGUUGUAACUGUAUUGCACAAAAGAAAUGCUCAAACUCUUCAGCCAUCAAAAAAAUGAGUAGGCAUGAGACAACGAGAAAGCCUCGUGUGCCAUUCCCACACGAUACUUCAGAUAGUGAAGGUGCUGAUAAUAUUGAUAAAAAUAUUUGGAAAAAAAAUAUCCAUGGAAAGAUUAAAGCACGCCUGAAAUCCAGAGAGUCGAAAAUUAAAAUGGUACAGAGGAAACGAGAAGUUUCUCCUGCUGCUGAUAGCUCCUCAGAGAGUGAAAUACCGAUCCUCAGGUCGACACAAAUGACAAUUAAGAAAAAUUUGGCUCAAGCAGAACGGCCUCUCGUACGUAAGGACACUCUGAAGGGAAGCCAUGAUUCUUGCACUGCUGGCCCCUCAAGGCAGAAGACUCAUUCUUCUGAAACUGAUAGUUCUGCAAAUGUUGAUAGUUCUUCUGAAAGCAACACAGUGUCGCGUCAUGAGAAGCGUGUCACAACAUUCAUCGACCCUUAUGCAAGCAAAGACAGCACCUCGGGACGCUAUGACCGGACCUUCCAUCCCAAAAGCGGGUGUAAAUAUGGUGUAAAGCGGCAAAGAAAUACUUUACCAGCCUUCCGUUUAAAUAGAGCUGCAAUCAACAAAGAAUCAUACAACCUGAAAGAGGAUUUGGAGAUCAUCAAAUAUAUUGAUCAACGUCGAGCAUAUUACCGUGUCCGAGGACGGGAAUUGUGGCAGGAAAUGGCAAAAAAUAAUAUACUUUCUAAGCGCAGUUGGCAUGGCCUAAAGGAGCGAUUCAAGAAAAGAAUUUACCCUCGUCUUCAUUGUUAUUUACAAUUUGGAGUCUCAGAGAAUACCAUGUUAAGGUUUAUGUCUAAAAUUCCUUUUGAAAUACAAGCUGAACCAGCAAGGACUGAGGGAGAGGAAAAUCGUAGACGAAAUUAUUUGCACCACGAAGACCGGUUAAUUGUGGACUUCAUUGUUAAGACCAGGAGGUAUUCUGAGGUUGGUGGAAGGAGCCUGUGGCAGUUAAUGGCCUCAAAAGUUAGUGGACUGAGAGGACGAACAUGGCUCAGCUUGAAGGAGCGAUUCCGCAGACAUAUCAUUAACCAUCUGGGAAGCUUCAAUUUAUCAAGGGAGGAAAUAGAAAACUUCCAACAUCCACCUGGAAAGUUUGUAAUAAGUAAUGGGAGCCAUCAGUCAAGACUAUAUUUCAAAAUAGAGACACGUUCAAGUACUGAAUAUAGUGAUCAAGAUGCUGACUCUGAUGUUAGUAAUAAGCAAAAACUGCAUCGCAAGAGAGAAAACCAAGAAAGAACAGAGGAUGAUACUGAGAGAAAUGAUUCGAACAGACAACACUCAAGAAAUAAAAGAGGAAAAAUAGAAAAAGUUUCAAAAAGACUGAGAAAUGAUGAAGCAAAGACGUGCACUAAUAAAGGCACAUCAGAUGAGCAGUCUUCUUCUGAAGGUGAAGAUGAGAAUGAUAACAGAGGGAAGAAAUUGAGAAAUCAUACUUCACGGUCACCAAAAGCAGUUGUGAAGAAUAAAGUUGUUAAAAAGAGAAAGUUAUAUAACCGGGAUGAAAUGGCGCAACUUACACCCCGUACUCCCUUCAAUAGAAGUAACUUUAUGAGAUGCACUGUUGAAUGCCUAAAACCCAAUGGAAUGAAAAAUGUAAAUAUGUCUAGUGAAAAACAACACAGGCAAUCAAAGGUGACAAAACAGAUGGGAGAUAAAACUAUAAAGAAAAAUUAUGGUGCACCAGAAGCAGAGAAAUGGAACGAGAGUGAUAAAGAGGUAAAUGAGAACUCACACAGCGAACACUCUGCUUCAGGAGAUAGCGAAAAUGAAAUAACUGAUAAAGAAUCUAACCAAUCUUACCAUGAUGAAGAGGAUGUGAGUAUUGUUAACAUUGGUGCAGAUACGGUGAAUUCACAACACACACACACAAAUACCCCCGUGAGGAAUGAAGGCCUGUUGAGUCCUGGAGAUAAUUUGAGUACAGGGAAUAUGAAUGACAAAUCACUGCCUCGGUUACAAGUACAAGCAGAAAAUAAUGCAGUGCAGUCACCAAAAGCAGUUGUUGUUAGCAAAAGUGGCAAAAAGAGAAAGUCAUGUGACCAAGAUGGAGUGGAACAACUUUCAGAACUUUCCCCCUCCAGUAGAGGUAAAUCUAUGAGGCUCGUUCUUGAGCGGAUAAGCCCUGCUAAAAUAGAAAGCAUACAAAGGUCUAGUGAGAAACAACAUAAACAGACUGUGAUAAAACAGGUGAGUAAUAAAACUGUAGAGAAAAACCAUGAUGCAUUAGAAAUGGAGAAAAGCGGUGAGAGUGAUGAAGAGAUGAAUGAGCACUCACACAUGACCAAUAAGAAAGUCAAAUUUUACUGUGAAGAAAAUGGUAAGCAAGGUGUGAGCAUUGCUGACAAUGGUACACACACGUUGAGUGCAAAAUAUGCAAACAAAAACAAAGUGUUGGAGAGUAAAUUCUUGCUACGUUCUAGAGCAGUUACGAGUCCAGAGAGGACACGUAACGACUCGUUGCCUUGUUUAAAACAAUUGGUAACUUCAUCAGAUUCGACUAAAAGAUCACCUCCUGGUAGAUUUACUAGGGUCAAGAAUGUCAAGGAAUUUCUUGAAACUGGAAACAGUUCACAAAGUGAUAUCAUUGUUGAUGAUGGCACUAACUCUGACACAAAUAAAAAAGCUAAGAAAGGUUCACGUAAAUAUUCUAAAAAAUAUGUGGCGAAGAAGCAAUCAUCGAAUCAAGAAAAGCGCUCAACCAGAUCUAUGAAGACAGAUACACUUCCAAGAACAAAACUGAGAAAGGUAUUUCUGCAUAAGAAAAAAUAGUGAUUAUGUGAGCUAAUCAAUAACCAUAUGUGGUUAUUGACUUCAGACUGAAAUACAUGAUGGAGAUUUAUUUUAAUUAUAAAUUUUUAUACCUUGAAAAAAUAUUUGAAUAGGAAAUGUCAAAAACCAUAUACAGUAUACAUGUUGAUAUAUUCAGUAAUUCAGUUUUUUUUUUUAGUCUUCUUUUAUAUAAUUUUUUAUUUGCACUCAGAUAUAUUUUAAUAACUAAAUUUGUGUAUUUGAUGUUGAGAGCAUUGCAGUUUCUUAAACAAAAGAGCAGUAGGUUUGAGAAUCAGUUUUACAAGCAAUUUGUUUUACAAGGUUUCUCAAGUAUACUGAAAAAUACACAAGAGUCCAAUUUACAACUGACUCUUGAUUUGUAGAUGAGGUCAGAUAGCUUUUCAAUCUGUUCUGGUCUAUUAUUAUCAAAUCGUGAAUGUGAUAAUGGUACAAGAGAGACUGAAAUGUCAUCCAGUAUUACUUGCAAUUUGUAGAGUUUCCAGUUAUUAUUCCACACAAGAAUACAUAAUACUGUAUAGAUCUGAUUGAGCAGAGGGAACAAAGGAGAUGAGAAGGGAAGGUUGUUACAUUGUUUUGUGGGCCACUUAGCCACUUGUGGAUUAGUUGAAAAGUGUUCUCCAGCAGAUGUAACCUAAUGAUGAUGCAGCAUGGGAAAAACUUUCUUUCUUUUUUACUGAUUAUAUACCUUUGAAUGGCUAUUCAUAAUUCCUUAUUUUUUUUCUGAUUCCUUAAUGGCUGUUGCUGCAUCUUAAUCCAUGGAGUGAGAAUGUGAGUUAGUAUGUGUUGUUAACAACUAUCAUUGAUGAAUUAGGUUCUCCAAGCAUGUGCUUACUAUGUCUGCCUUCCUCCCUAACCUUCCCACCUUUAAUAGAAAUGUGCUAUGAUUUCAUAAAUAACAUUAAUAUUAUUGCUACAUAAGUGAUCUCAUGACGAGCUGUUGGAGUGUGAGCAGGGUAAUAUUUAGUGAAGGGAUUCAGGGAAACUGGUUAUUUUUAUAUAGCCGGACUUGAGUCCUGGAAAUGGGAAGUACAAUGUUGCCUGCACUCUAAAGGAGGAGUUUGGGAUAUUGGCAGUUUGGAAGGAUAUGUUGUGUAUCUUUAUACAUAUAUGCUUCUAAACUGUUGUAUCCUGAGCACCUCUGCAAAAACAGUGAUUAUGUGUGAGUGAGAUGAAAGUGUUGAAUGAUGAUGAAAGUACAGUGGACCCCCGCUUAACGAUCACCUCCAAAUGCGACCAAUUAUGUAAGUGUAUUUAUGUAAUUGCGUUUGUACGUGUAUGUUUGGGGGUCUGAAAUGGACUAAUCUACUUCACAAUAUUCCUUAUGGGAAAAAAGUCAGUCAGUACUGGCACCUGAACAUACUACUGGAAUGAAAAAAGUUCGUUAACCGGGGGUCCACUGUAUUUUCUUUUUGGGGAUUUUCUUUCUUUUUUGGGUCACCCUGCCUCGGUGGGAGUCGGCCGACUUGUUGGAAAAAAAAAUAAGUGGUAUCCUUCCCUCAACACCUUCACCUCUCUCUGUUAUCCCUCCCCUUUGCUGUGUGUCUCAGUACCUCAACAUAUCCCAUCUUUUAUGUCCUUUCUGCUGUUUUUCCCAGCACCUCUGCCUCUUCCCCUCUACCAUCUCUUUCAUCUUUUAUAUGUAGCCCUACAUAAUCCUUACUGGUUUACCACUUUCCAUAACUGUCUCCUAGGUCUGUGCAAGUUUUACUUGUGUUAAUGAAAUUUUAAUGGAUUACUUACUGGUACAUGAAAUAAUGUAUACACCAGCAGUAGUCUCACAAGUGUUGGGUUUUAGUUAAACUAUUUUGCAAAUAAUUUGAUUGUUUUGCAGACAAUAUUAAAACCAGAAAGUUGAUAGGUCUUGGUGAAGCUUUAUAUAGCCUAGCAACACGUUGGUACGAAGAUUGUCUGCUCUCGGGAUUUUCCUUUUUUUUCCACUGAUUCUCAUGGCCCUCUUCCUAUUGCUGAUAAAGAAAUGUCUGGAGAUUUCUAAAUUCCUAAAAGAAUCUGUGGUAAUUUAAAAUUCAUCUUUGAAAGCUGUGAAGUUCAAGAAUUUCUGGCAAGACAGUUGAAUGAGUGGUGUGAAAUGCUUCCUCAGGGUAAUCCACCUUACUGGGGAAAUAAUUGAUGUGGUUAAACAAAAACCAUGUGGAGUGUGCUCUUAAAAUUAGCAAUGCAUCAUAUUUGCUCAUGUAUUUUUCUGUAGACUUGAGAAAGCUUGUAUUGCAAAAUAUUGUAAAAUAUAUUGUCCACAGUGUGUUGUGUUUUGUUAUUUUACAUCUUUAUCCAUGCUUGGUGUUACUGAAUUAUUUAACAGUGAAGGACUCUUGAUUCAAGGAAUUGGACCUGCCCUCUCCUUCCUUGGAUUAAACCUGAAUGCUUCCCAUUCUCCUCAGGCGCUGUAGGACCCUUAUGAGUUCAGCGCUUCCCUGUGCAUGCACCAAUCAUAGAACUGAAUACUGUAAUUUAGUAUAGAUGUGAGAGGGCAACAGCUGGGCUUGUAAUAUCAGAAAGGAAUAGCAUAACAUCAUGCCAACUCGUGGCAUGUGUUUCCCUCCAGUGCUCAUACAUGUAUGUAUACAUAUAAUAUGUAUGGAGACACGCAUGCUAUUUAUUCAUACACCUAUACACACUACUGCUGCUGCUCCUGUACACACACAUUGUGUGUGUUGUAUCUAUGUAUGAAUUCACUCAUUCUUGCUGUUCUGCAUUCAUUCCUUGAUUCAGUCCUUUAUUAUUUCAUAUGGUCAUUUAACCUUGCAUUUGUUCAUUUAUUUCAUUUAUUACUGAAUACUAGACUGGUAAGAUUUUUUUACCCUGUACAGGAAGUCCUCAGCUUAAAAAUACCCAAGUUAUAUGUACUUCUUUCAAUGCACCGACCACAUCCCACCAAGGCGGGGCAGCCCGAAAGGAAAAAACAAAAGCUUCUCCUUUUAAAUUUAGUAAUGUAUACAGGAGAAAGGGUUACUAGCCUUUUGCUCCCGGCAUUUUAGUUGCCUCUUACGACACGCACGACUCAAGGAGGGAGAAUUCUGUUCCACUUUCCCAUGAAGAAGUUAUAUGCACACUUACAUUAUUAUAUUAGCUGGGAAGUGCAGAACCCAUAAGGAUCAUACAGCACUACGUACACUAGCCAUUGAAUCACUCAGCAACCAAUUAAUUCUACAAUGCCAAAUGCAGUAUAAACGUGUGAAACCCAGCUAACCUUCGUACCAAUAUUCUCUAGAUCAACGACUGGUUAAUAAGUAAAAAAACAAAAGCAGAUUUAUUUGUAAGUUGGAGACUUGCUGUGUUCUGCCAUUAUAUAUAGUAAAGAAGAGGUACACAUUACAGAAGAGAUUGUUUUACUCUGUGUAUAACUUCAUGACUGGAUAGAACCUUCUGAUCCUUUUGUGGCUUGUCUUCAGUUUAUAUGUUAGAUUGCUAUUAAUGGCACCAGUUUUGUUUUUGAAGAUGGGUAUUUUGCUUCCCCUAUGGUUAAAUUUUUUGAAAGAAUAUUAUACUAGCUUUAAAAUUAUAUUGUACAUUUCUUGUAACUUGAAUUAGGUUUGGCUCCUGUAUCAUAUGUAGUCACUCUCUAAACUUCCUUUUAAAUAAUUAUGAAUCACUUUAAUACUGUAAUUACAAAAUUACUAUUUGCAGAUCACAAGAUAAAGUACUGUGGAAAGCAAAUAUUUUUUCAACUGUGUACAUUGCAUAUUGUACUUAGUACCCAGUUUUUGUAUUUGUAGUACCUUUAUAAUUAAAUACGUGUACUUUUUCUUUUAGCUUUGUCUGUGUCUCCAUCCUGUAUAGUUCAUAUGGGUCUAAUGUUUCUUUUAAUAUAUUCAUAAUACACCUCUGUCUGUCUAUAUCCAUUUUGGACAGCUUGUUCUCAGUGGAAACUUCCAUCUCUUAGGAAAGGGGCCUUAUAUAUUUCAGCCAUCCAUGAACAUUAUUUUAAAUAUAUUGAAAUUUUUGUUAAAGAAUCCGUAGUUUGGAGAUUAGGAGGAGGUGCGGGAUUACCAAAACUAUUAUACAGAGGGCUGAGGAGGGGCUGUUGAGGUGGUUUGGACAUGUACAGAGGAUGGAACGAAAUAGAAUGACUUCGAGAGUGUAUAAAUCUGUAGUGGAAGGAAGGUGGGGUAGGGGUCGGCCUAGGAAAGGUUGGAGGAAGGGGGUAAAGGAGGUUUUGUGUAUGAGGGGCUUGGACUUUCAGCAAGCAUGAGUAAGCAUGUUAGACAGGAACAAAUGGAGACAAAUGGUUUUUAGGACUUGACAUGCUGUUGGAGUGUAAGCAAGGUAACAUUUAUGAAGGGGUUCAGGGAAACCGGCAGGCCGGACUUGAGUCCUGGAGAUGGGAAGUACAGUGUCUGCACUCUGAAGGAGGGGUGUUAAUGUUGCAGUUUUAUAAUUGUAAUGUAAGCAUGCCUCUGGCAAGACAGUGAUGGAGUAAAUGAUGAUGAAAGUUUUUCUUUUUCAGGCCACCCUGCCUUGGUUGGAAACAACCGAUGUGUUAAAAUUUUUUUUUAAGGCAUUCUAUUAUUUGUUUCAUUGUGAAUCAAGUGUGAUAGAUGGCUGAUGCACUAAGAAGCAAGAAUGUGUGAAAGAGGUUUGCAUAAGAAUAUUAUAUACGUACUGUUAUAUUUUACUGUAUGGAAGAACUUGCACUAAAAUCCAUUAUUGCAAAUAUUAAAAAAUACCAGUGAAAACAGGAAAUAAAACUGGAGCACUUUCAUGUGCUUACACACACAUCUUCAGAAAAUGUGUGUGUAAGCACAUGAAAGCACUAGGGUUUUAUUUCCUAUUUUCUCUGUGGUAUUUUUCAUAUUACUGUAUAUGAAACGCUAAACCCAAAUGGGUCGUUCAGCACAAGGAGUGAUGGAAGUUCGAUCCUCCACCCACCAAUAGUCAAAAAGCUUGACUCGCUCAGCCAGUAAGCAUGUGAACAGCCGACGCUUCAGAAGGCAGGGCAUACACAGGAGGAAAGGAUUUGAAUAUUGGUUGAAAGGACAGUAUUUGAGGUGAAAUGUAAAAGUAACUACACAAUAUUUGUGACAGAAGGACUUGCAUAUGUUCAUGUUACUAGUGCUUCACGGAGUGACCUUUCAUGGCAAGGGCAACUGACUGCCUUAAUGCUGGUCAAGCAGACCUCUUGAUACAAAUUAUUGGUGCUACCCUCCUCUUCCUUAUUACUCUGGUGCCGGAUGGCCCUUCUUGUUUAGUGCCUCUCUCUGAUUUUAAUAAUUACUUGAGACCGUAGAUGGUUUAGCGCUUUGUUUUGAUAAUAAUAAUUACCAGAAAUAAGAAUAAUGGUGAAUCUAUUUUUACCAAGGAAAUCAGAUUCAUCAUCAUGUGUUAGUUGGCCUUUAAAAAAUGGACUUGAUUCUGUCUUUAAAAGUGGCCUUAUUACCAUAUUUAAAAAAUAGCCUUGAUGCUGGUAAAAGGCUCUUAAUUUGAAGAAUUGGAGCUACUCUUCCCGUCCUUGGCCCCUCAAGGAUGGUGCCUCAAUGCUUAUGUUGGACUCAGUCUCAGGAACUGGACUUAUCCUCAUCCUUGGAUUGAAUCCAAUUGCCUUCCAUUUUCCAAGCGCUGCAUGACCAAUACAAGUGUAGCACUUUCCCAUGAACAUCAUAAUGGAAGAAAAACACACAAAACAAUGUAAACUUUAUUAUUGUUUCUAAUAAAGGCUGACACUGUCUUGUAUCUUAUUUUCACCCACUAGUUGGCUCACACUCCCUGCAAGCACUAACGACUCAUAGGUUUAGUCCUUCCACAUGACUACUACAUAAUAAUAUAGUAGUAAUAAUAACAGUGAUGUCAGUUGUUCUUAACUCCACUUGAUUUUAGGUUUCACAAGUAGAGGAGAGUUUACCUUGUGUUACUUCAUUUAUAGGGAGGGCUUUCCUCAAGGGAGCUUCCUUGAUGCUAGUGAGGGACUCUUGAUCUAGGGAAUUGGAGUUAUGCUCCAGUUCCUUGAAUUAACUCGGGUAACUGGAGCACAGCUCCAAUCCCCCCCUCCUCCACAGGCACUGUAUAAUCCUACAGGUUUACUGCUUCCCCAUGAUUAUAAUUAUGGGGAGGGCUAAACCCAUAGGGGUCAUACAGUGCCAAAGAGAGGGAGGAUAGUUCCAAUUCUUUGGACUUAAGGCCCUUUGCUGGCUUUGAGGCACUUUACUUGAAGUGUUUGUGUAAUAUUUAAUGCUUUUUUGUGUGCUGCUGCUUCUACUAUUGUUUUAACUUUUUUUAUAAUAAUAAUUACAGCCUCUCCUCACUUAGUGAUGUACUCAUUUAUCGACCGCUCAGACUUACGACCAGCUCAGCAACCAGUAUGCAAACCUAAGUAAUGUAUAUUAGAGCUGAAUUCCUCUGUUCUGUUUACUAUACAGUAUACUACUGUAUAAACAUUUAAAAAUAUACUAAAAAUGUUACAAAUGGAGCAAAGGUGACAUUAAAUAAAUAUCUAAAGAUGGUUGACACAAACCCACUACCAGUAUAGUAUGCUCUUCGCUUAAUGACCAAUUUCUUUACUGACCUACUCUUAGAAAUGGAACCCCAUUGUACAGUAUGCUACAGUAUUACAAACAUUUGCAUUACACCACAAAUGAGAAAUAAAAACUGGAUGUUUUGGUGUAUCAUGAACCAUUAUUUUUCUUGAAUGAUUCAAUUAAGAAAACCACUUGAACUAAUUUUUUUUUUAUUUGAGGGUGAGGGAGGGGUAACCCUACCUCGGUAAGUGACUUUGUGUUAAGUAAUAAAAACCUAGGAAGAACAGAAUCAUUAUCCAGUUUUCAUUUACAAUCUGUGGAUUAGUUGUGAACUGUUCCAUUACCAAGGAUUAGAAAGAAAGUAAAAUACAGUCUAUAAAUGAUAUAUAUUUAAAAUAUGUUACACCACUUCCCACUUUACAAUAAACCAUUCAUUGUUUUAAAUCAUUAAGGAGAAAUGACAGUGGAAUAUGUCAAUAUUUACAAAGUUAACUACAUACACUCAAAAAAACCUGUAUAUUUUUGUUUUUGCUGAGAAUAUAUUCUCAGUCUUAAAGAAAUAACAUUUACUGUAGGAGUAAAAAAGCAAGAUCCUCCACCUCUGUUUACAUAUGUUCCUUGUAAGUAGCACUGAACACCAUCAAUCAUCAUUGGUGGCAAUUUGUAUACAGGUUAUAACAGGUAAUUAACACAAAUAUAACUUGGCUCAAAUAUGGCAGACUGACAGUUUUUCUUGUGCAUAACAAACUUUUGAAAGACAAAAAACACUUCAAAAGCAUGUUGCUGAACUGUGAAAAAAUGAAAUCUUACAAAAAAUUAGCUUUAUGUGAUACUGAAGUUAGCAAAGAAUAUUCACUAGUUGGCAACAUUGUUGUAAAUAAACAUAUGUAAUGGUAUUUACUUCCCUAUUUAUUUAUGCCAAAUUAUGAUAGGUUUGCAAAAAAAAAAAAAAAAAGUUUAAACACUAUGUACCCUAGUUUCUUAUACUAUUAGAUGUGCUUCAUUGCUUGAAACUAAGGGAAAAUGCAUAGCCCAAUACAGCAUAUACAAUAUAAUUUUUUCUUGUUUCUAUUGAUUGCUUUCAUCUUCUAACACUAUCUACAAGGAAAUCCCAAUGAUAUUACAAUUUAUUCAAGGUAUGACACCCGCCGAAACAUGGAAAUCAGUCAGAGAUGCAGGGUGGCAUACAGUAAGACCCCCAUAUCCACAGGGAUAAGUUACAAGGACUUGCCACAGAUACUAAAAAUGUGGAUAGUAGAAAACCCUAUAAGAAAGUCCUAGACAUACCUAUUAUAAAGUUUGACUGAUAAAUUAGUAUACACAAUAAGUGGAGAAUUAUCACUUUUUCAUUGAUGGGAAGGACUUCACGGCUACCAUCACUACUUUUGCAUUUUGAGGCCAUUAUUAUUAAGCAAAAUUAAGGGUUAUUUUCAGGCCAUGGUAAACCAUGAAUAACUGAAACUGCAGAUAUCAGACCAGUGGAUACGGGAGUCCUACUGUACUACAAAUCUUGUUUACCUGUGAUGAAGCAUUGUUACCCAUGAAGCACUGUUACGAUGUGAUUGGCCUUACAUUUUCUCAGGUGACACAAGGUGGUAGGACACCUAAACUACUGAAUGGAGGCAUCAAAGUUGACGGGCGGUAAAUAUGGAAGCAUGAAAAUAAGAUGUAAAUUUACACCACACAGUUUGGUCCCCUGCGUAAAUUUAUGUGGAUUGCAGUUAAUGGGGUAACAACUAAAUUAUACAUUGCAGUAUCAAGAACAUGCAGUUAACCUGAGAUGUAAGGAAGUUACUAUGAAUAUAUCAGCAUUACAUACACUAAUGCUUCAAUAACACAGCAAGAAUAAAUGUUAUUUUAAAUUAAGGUUGGUUAUACAGUAACACGAGACUUUUACAACAAAUAUUUCUAUCAGUUUCUAGCAGUUUGGAGGGAUAUGUUGUGUAUCUUUAUACAUAUAUGCUUCUAAACUGUUGUAUUCCGAGCACCUCUGCAAAAACAGUGAUUAUGUGUGAGUGAGAUGAAAGUGUUGAAUGAUGAUGAAAGUAUUUUCUUUUUGGGGAUUUUCUUUCUUUCUUGGGUCACCCUGCCUCGGUGGGAGACGGCCGACUUGUUGAAAAAAAAAAAAAAAUUCUAUCACAAAGCUUUUCUAUUUAAUGUAUCUGGAAAAUGCUAAUACAUAAAACAUUUGUAUUUUCCAAA